AUGACAUCUGACGUCCCCGGCUUCCCCCAGUACCUCGCCGCGGUGCCAUACACGCAACCCGCGGGCUAUCUCCGCACCGUCGACCUCUGGCUGCGCUCCAGCGACAAUAGCAAUGCCGACUCGUCAGGCCUCUGGGUCAUCUACCUCCACGGCGGCGCCUGGCGCGACCCAGCGCAAAACUCGCAGUGCUUUUUGCCGACGCUCUCAACCCUCAGCACCUCGCCCUCGCACGCACCCACGCUGCAGCGCCUCGCCGGCAUCGCCAGCAUCAACUACCGCCUCUCGCCGCACCCCACCCACGCAACAGACCCAAGCACACCCGACGACGCAGAGCGCAGCGUCCACCACCCACAGCACGUCCGCGAUGUCCGCGACGCACUUGCAUAUCUGCAGCGCGAACACGGCGCCAAGCGCUGGAUAGGCGUGGGCCAUUCCUGCGGCGCAACAUUGCUGCUCCAACUCGUCAGCGCCAUGGGCCUUGAGCAAUCGCUCCAGCAAACCGGCAUUGUAGGCCCCGAAGCCCUCAUCCUGCUCGAAGGCAUCUACAACAUCCCGCUGCUACUCAAAAACCACGCUGCGCCCGCGUGUCCGCCGCACUUUGUCGACAUGUACAAGGCCCUUGUCGCCGGCGCGUUUGGCCCCCACAACGAGCAAUUGUAUCUCGCGGUAUCCCCCGUGUCCGGACAUUAUGGCGUGCAGGAGUGGCCUGAGAGCAAGCUGCUGGUCAUGUGUCAUAGCUAUGAGGAUGACCUUGUGGAGCGCGCUCAGCGCGACGUCAUGUGUGUUGCGCUGGACCGCGAGGGCUGGAGCAUUGUCAUGGAGGCUGGGGAUGAAGAGGACGAGGUGCGGAGGGAGGGCCGCCGAGUGCUCAACGUGCGGGAUUUACGGGGGACGCAUGAUUUUAUUUGGAGGGACGGAAAUCAGAUGGCUACGUUGAUUACAGAGGUUGUGCAACGGCUGGCCUGA